UACAGGCUCUGGUGUGACCCACCCAUGUGGCAUUUGAGUACCUGUUUGCGGUAUUUCUGUAUUUUAGCAUUGGUCUUUUAAAUAUUUGUCCGCUAAUAAAGAUUUGUAUUUUUGUAUUUGAUUUUUCUCAGUCUUCCGGAUCAGUGACUCAAGUUCAAGUUAAUUUUAUACUGAGUUUGAUCACGUUGAUCGCAUGACUGCACAGUUCCAGAGGGAUACCAGCCUUAUAAAGAUUGUCUUAAAUAGACCAAAUACACAUACUGGUGGUGCGCUCAGUGGAUCUAGGUCUUCCCAGCUGUCUCUGAAUUUCAACUGAAGGGCAUUACUGAAGAGAUGAGCUCUCAAAUCAGACUGAGGCUGCUCCCGACUACCAGAUGCUUGUACGACAAACCCAUUCAGGUAAAAGUCUCACAUCUGAGAUCCAGACAGGUGGUCACCAUUAAAGCCAGUUCAACUGAUGAAAAAGGAGUUCUGUUCAGCUCUUCAGCCACUUACAGGGCUGAUGGCAAUGGAGACAUUGACCUGGUCAGAGACGCCUCACUCAGCGGGAGCUACGUUGGAGUUGAACCCAUGGGUCUACUGAGGACACUGAAACCAAACACUUUGAACACAUAUUUUUAUAAGAACAAAGCAUUAGAGCCUCACACGGUGAAGUUCUCUGUGCAUGAUGAAGAACAAGACCAGAUCCUGGCAGAGGCGAUCAAUGAGAGGCUUCUGAUGGCAGACGGGGUCAGCAGAGUUUCUGUGAAAGAAGGGAACUUUCAUGGAGUUCUCUUUACUCCCCCAGGAACUGGUCCAUUCCCUGCUGUGUUGGACCUUUGUACCUUCAUGUCAGAGAGAAGAGCAGCUCUGCUGGCCAAUAAAGGAUUUGUGGUUCUCACACUUCCUGUCUUUCAAGAAAAGCUUGGUAACUUAAAAAUGUUGGCCCUGGACCCUUUUGAAGAGGCCAUUAAUUUCUUACUGCAACAACAAAAGGUGGGCAGUAAACGGAUUGGUAUCAUUGCAAGAUCAAAGGCAGCAGAUGUGGCCCUUUCGCUUGCUGCUUUUGUCCCUGGUGUGGAGACUGUGGUGUGGAUCAAUGGUUGUUCAGCCAACAGUGUUUUACCCCUGUUCUAUAAGAAAAGACAAAUUCUGCCAGCUUUAAAGUUUGACACCAAGAAAUUUAUUCCAACACAGUCGGGAGCAGUCAUUGCAAAGUAUGCCAUGGAUGAUCCCCUAAAAGAGGAGAACAGAGCCACUGUAAUCCCUAUUGAACAAGCAAACACAAAUUUCCUCUUUGUGGCCUCAGAGGACGAUCUUAAUUGGGACUGUAACAUUUACAAAAUGGAGAUGGAGGAGAGACUAAAGCGGCAUGGGAAGAAAAACUUUGAGAGUGUGUGUUAUCCAAGAGCUGGACACUUUCUAGAGCCCCCUUAUACCCCAUUCUGUUCCUCCAGUGGGAACAUGUUUGUAAAAAUGCAAAUCAUGUGGGGGGGUGAACCGAGGGCCCAUGCAGCAGCUGAAGUUCACCUGUGGAAGAAGAUCCAGGGGUUUUUAAGAAGUCAUGUGAGCUGUGAUCCUGUGCAACUUACAGAUUUAAACUAAGUGUGAACAUGUUGGGACUUUCAACUUUGAAGUCAUUCUAAUUGUCUUUAUUACUCUUUUUUGAGACGCCAAUUUACAUGUGUACAGUAAAUCUACUCUUCUUUACAAGCGUGCCAGAGGGGGAACUGUGUGCCACAAAAGUGUGGCACACAGUUCAAUGUGUUUUAUGUUAUGUGACAAUAAAUACU